AUGGGUCGUCACAGCGGGUCGACCAUUCAAGUAAUUCAGCAUUCCGAGCCUAGAUCUGGGAAUUCUCAGAAGCGAAAGUCUGAGAGCUCAAAAAAGGAUUCCGAUGAGAAGCGUGAUAAGAAACGUAGUACGCGGAAAGCUUAUGUAGCUAACUCUAGUAGUUCAGGAAAGGAUAAUGUCAAGGAUGGCAAGAGUGGUUCUGUGAAGAAGACUCACGGUGAUGAGCAAGGAAAGUGCACCAGAUGUGGUCGAACUGGGCAUGUGACUCGCGAGUGCUAUGCUAAGAGUACGUCGGAGGGAGUUAAGCUCGAGGGACGCUACGAGUGCGGAGAGCAGGGACAUUUCAAUAGAGAUUGUCCGAAAGAGAAGGGUAAGAAUGCCAGGGACAGAGCGUUCGAGCUGAAUGCUGGGAAGGUACGUGAUGAUCCUGCAGUUGUUACCGGUAUAUUCUUGAUCAAUAACCAUUCUUCGUUCGUACUGUUUGAUACUGGAGCUGACUUGAGUUUUGUUUCGAAAAACUUUGAACCGUUUCUGUGUUUUCGAACAAGUAAGCUAACUAAAAAGUACUCAAUAGAACUAGCAAAUGGUAAAUUGAUAGAAACUAGCGAAGUCGUUCGUGGUUGUAGUAUUGGGUUAGACGAUCAUAGUUUUAGCAUCGAUUUAUUACCAGUGGAGCUGGGUAGUUUUGAUGUAGUUUUUGGGAUGGAUUGGCUAUCCAAGAAUAAAGCUGAGAUUAUUUGUUCGUAG